GUCACGGAAUCCGGCCAUGGAAGGUACGCCGGGGACUCGCGAGCCCCGGGCCCGGCCGAGAGAGCGCGACCCGGACCGGCGCACCCCCGCAGACCGAGACCGCCACCGCGAGCGAUCGCAGGACAGACCCCGGGACCCGCACAGGGAGAGAAACAGGGACGGGCGCAGGGACGGGAACCGGCGAGAGGACCGGGACAGAGAGAGGGACCGAGACCCCCGCCGGGACAGACGCAGGGACGCGGCCCACCGCGCAGGCGAGCAAAGAGUUUGGGGCGAGUCCCGCCAAAGCCGGACGCGGGACGCAGCCCCGCAGCCCUGGCCCGCGCCUGGCGCAGCCCCGGAGCCGCCGCCCCUGUGGAAGGAGGGCCUCGGGCGCCGCGGACCCGAAAGUGAACCCACUUCAGGGAGGUAUCUGUCCUCGAACUCCAGGCCUGGACAAGACGAAGUGGAGUAUUACCAGUCAGAGGCGGAAGGACUCCUGGAAUGCCAUAAAUGCAAAUACUUGUGCACGGGGAGAGCCUGCUGCCAAUUGCUGGAGGUUCUCUUGAACUUGCUGAUCCUGGCCUGCAGCGCUGUGUCUUACAAUUCCACGGGGGGCUACACGGGCAUCACCAGCCUGGGGGGCAUUUACUACUACCAGUUCGGAGGGGCGUACAGUGGUUUCGAUGGUGCAGACGGGGAGAAAGCCCAGCAGCUGGAUGUCCAGUUCUACCAGCUAAAGCUGCCCACAGUCACCGCGGCAAUGGCCUACAGCGGAGCCCUCAUGGCUUUUUCCUGCCUCCUGGUCGUCGCAGGUGUCCUGCGAGUCCCGUGGCACUGUCCACUGUGGCUGGUGAUCGAAGGCUUGCUGGACGUGCUCAUCGCUGUGGGGUACGUUCCCGCCUUGUACUUCUACUUCCACUACCUCUCCGAUGCCUACAGCUCUCCUGUGUGCAAGGAGAGGGAGGCGCUGUACCAGAGCAAAGGCUACAGUGGCUUCGGCUGCAGUUUCCACGGGGGAGAUAUAGGAGCUGGCAUCUUUGCUGCCCUUGGCAUUGGGGUCUUUGCCCUGGGGGCUGUCCUGGCCAUCAGGGGUUACCGAAAAGUCAGGAAGCUAAAAGAGAAGCCAGCAGAAAUGUUUCAGUUUUAGGCUUUUUAAAAUGUUCUACCAAAUGUGAUGGAAGUUAUUCUGAACUGCUGUCUCUCCCAAGAACGCUUUGUGGGGGCACUUGCCAACGCUGGAGAAGUCACAAGCCAAUGCUGGCGUGGCGGGGCAGCUCCCAGCUGCAUGGAGUUGCGUUCUGCGAUGGAAUCCUCUGUUAGUGGGGGACUAGCCGAAGUUAUUUUUUUAAAAAAAUCAACAAAAACAAAAAACUGGAGCCCAAGACCCACAGGGAAAAGGCACAAGCUGCAGCAAAGUGUCACUUCUUGAUUAAAUAAAGGGAGAUAACCAAGUGAAUUGGAAGAGCCUUAUCUUCAAAGUUCAUGAAAAGCCACACAGACGUGAGACAACAUUUCAGCCUGAACUUUUCUAAGCACAGCUGUCUUAAGCAGAUUAGCCCACAAGUUUUUCCACACUGAACUCUCCAUUCCUUCCAACCUGCUUAAUUCUGUGGAUAGAGGGCGUGGGGAUUGUGGGGAUGGGGAGACUAGUCCUGUAAAAUUUAAGUCGAAGGUAGGCGUGGGCUGAGGAAGGAGGAAUCAGAUUAAUUCGCUGGGUUGCAAAGAAGCUAUUCUGCAAGCCCCUGACAGUGGCCCUGAAAGCUCAAUAAGUGUUUUGUACCUCUUGUAAAUGUACCAUUGUAUGAAGAAUUAACCCCAACAUCUGGAAUUCAGGAUCCAUCCAGAGUAAAAGAAUGUAAAAUCUCUCCCA